UGGGGACAGGUGGAGAUACCUUACUUCCAUAUGCAUGCAGUAGCCCUCAUCUUUACCGAAGCCAGAUAUUCACGAGGCAAGAAACAGCACUUCUUGUAUGGUGUCAGUGCUUCGGUUUUAUGCAGUAACCAGUGGAUUUCUUUAAUAGUCCACUGUAUUAUUUCUUCAGUGGCAAUGCUUGAGCAGCUGGUUGUUGCUAUACGCUUCGAUAGAGAACCAAUUCUAAAAAAGAAUGGUGCAGAUACGUUUAUGCUACAUCCGUAACUUUUAAUAAUUAUGAUACGUAAGAGGUGCUCAUUUCAAGGUAAUGAUACCCCCCACAUCUCACAGUGAAUGGUGAAAACCUAGUUAUUAUUCCAAGAUGGUGGUUGUAGUUGCAUCUACUUCUUAGUUUAGACACUGUAAGGCAUUUAAAAUAGGAUGAAAUGUAUAUCUUUCACUUCAUUACUUCUUACCUGUAUUUGUGAUGUAGAGCGAGGACCGGAGAAGAGAGGCAUGUAUGCAUUGUCAGAAACAUGAUUGGAAGGGCCCGCUGUAGUCUGUGCUUCUGGGAUGUGGACUUUAAACCUAGACCAUGUGUGAAGGCUUUGCUUUAGCGCUUCAGCUUUAAAGCCUUUAAACACUCCUUUAAAACAUCCUGUCAAAUCUGGGUCGACUAAGUACAUUUCUGCAGGCCAAGUUUGGGAGUAGUAUUUUAAUACUUGAACAAUAAUUGUUUUGUCAGAAAUAGUGAACCUGUUUCUCAUUUGACUUCUCAUGAUACAUUUUGAGACUUGGUAAUGUUCUAUCCCCCUGGCAUUAGCACUUAAUUUUGAUGCUGAUAAGAGAGCUCUGAAAGAAACUGCGCUGCAACUUAGUGCGAUUCCAAAUAUGUUGUUUUCUCCCUGAGCGUGGUGACUAUGGGAGGCUUUUCACAGAGUUGUAGGGGUUGGAAGAGAUCUCUAGAGGUCAUCGAGCCCAACCACCUGGCUGAGAACUUUUGCCUUAGGUGGUCAGCAAACCAAUUCUUAAAGAACAUAAUUAGAGAGUAGGACAUGGGGGUUCUCACAUUGAAGAACUGUCAGUUUUGUGUGUGUGGCUGUAAAGCAGGGUCUUUUUAAAGCUCUUAAGAAAUUAAUUUUCAAGCAAGAAUGUAGUCACUAUAACAACUUGCACCAAGGGGCAGGGUUCGACAUGGGGGAUAGGUGGAACAGAGGGAGAAGCCAGUCUCAAACCAGUCACAAACUUACACCUGUCGUAGGUGUUCAUGUUUAUGAAAGACUUACAGUCUGUUCCACUGUUUUCACUAUUUGAAAAUACUCGAGCGUUACAGUGAAGCAUUCUUACUGUACCUUUGCUAUCACUCAUCUGGAGUUUUGGGUAGGUUGGUUUUAUAGGUACUACAGUUUUUCAUUGAGGCCAUAUAUGCAAUUUUUGGACUAUAGUGUAUUUGCAAGACCUGUUAUUUCUGAAUGUAGUAGGAAACAAGGGGAAAUAGUUACAAAAAUUCAGGUCGUGUCCUGGAUUUUUCCAGGAAAAUUAGUUAAUAAAGAGAUGGGGAAUUUGUCUGCAUGUGAAUAGAAUAAUGAACUUCCAUCUGACCCUGAAGAGAGCAGAUGCAACUGAACUUCUGGAGAUUUGUUGGUUGAAAUCCCUUGAAUUCUAGUGAGUUCUCUGGGCACCUAUUAUGCUGUUUUUCUUCAAUUCAUAAUUCUGUCACUAUAAAACCAUUAGUUAGGUAGAGAUAGUAUGGCAGUUGUUCUGUAACACUUGCUUAAACCCUACUGUAUGAAAUUACUCUCUGUAUGAAAACAGCUCUACUCUUUCUCGCUAGUUUUUGUACUUUAGUGGAAAGUAAGUCAUUGAAUGUUAAAUAUACAAAUGCUUUUUCCCUGUUUUUGAAAAGGAAUAUACAAAAAGCUAAUGCAAUGGCAUCAGCAUUUCAUCAAGUUUCUAAAUUAUAUGCAAACUGAUCUCUUCAGUAAACUGUACCUCUUUGGACAUCCUGCAGCAAAGUACAUCAUAUGCAGUUCUUCCAAUGGCAUGAAAAAUGGAGCUCAACUGCAGUGAUGGAUGAAAGCUAGAUGACCUGACUGAGGAGUCAGUGCUGCUCCUGAAGGUUCAAGAGUAUAUUUUCUUCUGUAGAAUGCACUAAGUCUGGUGCAAUUAUGAAUCACUUUUGUUUCAUCUUGCUUUAGUAUUAAGGAAAAUAGUCCUUUGUGCUAUAAAAGAGAAAUAGCUGAAAUCCUUUAGAAGUUGCUCAGAACUGCUCUUUUUUAAAAUAAAUAAAUAAAGUAUGGUAGUGUUCAGAUUCAUAGAGUGACCCACCUCAUGGCUGCUCUUUGAAGAAAAGGAUAUGUUGACCACAGAACUAAAACCUCUUAAGAGGAGAUCAGCCCUGGAACGUGUUGGUAAAUGGAGUCAACUGUGGAGCAUGAAAGUGCUCAUUUGAAAAAUAUGCCAUCUGCUAAAAAGAUUCAAAUGUGUACUUCUAUGGAAGACUGUUAAUUUUUCCUCUAGUAAGUCAGUCUCUGCAUUGUUUUAAUUUCUGUUUGGCUUUACACAGCUGGGAGCUCUUUGUUUAUGUAAACUGGACAUGGGCAACAAGAUGAAGUGCUGGAGAACAGCUUAAUUUAUUUCUAGAUAAAGCUACUGAUGUGCUUUAAACACAAUAAUAUAGUAUAUAUAUAUUUUUGCCUAUGUAUGUAUCCUAUGAGUUAUGUUACUCUUUUCUGAGUGCUUACUUAUAGCUGCAUAUAAAGAUAGGGAAGGGAAUUAGAUGAGACCCUUAUCUAACCCAAUAGGUCAGUUCUUACAUGUGGAAUGUAGCCUUUUAUUGUCUCUGCUCACUUCCAUACUGUUAACUCUUUUGUAUAUCUGGACAGAGUCUCAGGCUUUUGUUUGUCUAACAGACGUACGUGGCCUUUGUAAAAUAAAUGUGGGUUUUUUUGAGGUUAGUUAGAACUUACGGUCAAAUUAGGAGGAUGGGUCAGGGGGAUUCUGAGAGUUUUCUUAGGUGUAGCAGAAGGGAUUUUUGUUUGUUUUUUGGUUUUAGCUAAUUUGAGCAAAUUUUCUGGAUUUUCAGAUUGUGUUCUCUUCCGAGAAACUCCAAAGACUUCAGCUCAUGUGUUUGAAAUGAUCUUGCAAAUGGACAAAGCGUGGAUUGUAAAGUAGGAUGCAGUUUAGUAGGAACAGAUGUGGUCUAUCAGAUUUCAGUGAGACUUAGCUGUGCAAAUGACAAGCUGGAGGAUACCUGGGAAGGCAUGAGAUCUGGAAGGAAGACCCUCCAGCUAGGUGUCAAGCUUUUAUUCUCCACUGCAGAUAAGACAAGUUAUAGGCUUAAACUUAAGCAGCAAAUGCGCAUUCAGUUAAGAUCAACAGGAGCACUGGUGAUAGAUUAGGAUACCUGUGUAAUGUACCAUAGCUUUCAGACUUAAGGCACUUUGAGUUGUUUCAUCUUAGAAUUGUUCCAGUUUGGGAACAUACUGUAUGCAGUGGUUUGUCUUACCCUUGACAUGUAACUCGUUCUGAAAGAAUCUUGUUACCCUUGGAGUUGAGAUAAGUCUGUGAUAUUUGGAAGGGCUUAAUCUGAUUGGGAAGGUUUUUAAUUUAGUUAGAGGCUUAAAUCAGCUCUGAAAUUUGUAUUAGACUGAAAGUUCUGUUCACCUGAAAGUUUGCUGUAGUUUGGGCCUCCCACAUCGCAGUUGAGAACCAUAGAAUUUCUGCAUGGGAUCUCCAUCUUGCUUUGUAUGGUCCCUAAGGAAAACAAUUCUUUCCUUCAAGUUUUGAUCCUGUGGUUUUUGCUUCAACACAAAAGAAUUUAGUGCAAACAAAGAACUGCUCAGAGCUUCCAGUGUAGACCAGGACUGUAUUGCAGUAGCUAUCUAUGUAUCAAUCUUAUGAUAGGGGUGUAUGCCCAAAAGAGCUGACAGUGUAAGUAGAUAACUUUGGUGUCUAAUGCUAGUGCACAAAGAACAUGUGUCCCUUUAUAACUUUCUAAUUGCAGUUGUCACUUCAGUUUCUACUAAAUAAAUAGGCACAUGUCUGAAAAUGCUAUGUAGAAACCAGAUGUUGCUUAGAAUAUAAGCCAAGAAAAGAGAGAAUUUGUUGGUUUGCUGUAAAUGUGUAGUGUACAUUCUUACAAUUUUAUUAGAGUUCUCUGGUUCAAAUACAGAAGAUUUGAUGUGGACUUUGAAAAUCAAAGCAUUGUCGGUUGCCAUUCUAAUCCUCACUCUUGUAGGGUUUUCAAUUGACUUAUACCUAACUUCUUGUUAUACAAAGAAGAGGAAUGUAUGAAACUCUAGACUUCUCAUGAGAGCUUAAGAUGCUUCAAAGCAAAAGUGAUUAUCUCUACUGGUAAGCAGCUUCCAGUUUGGUGCUGAACGUGUGAGGAGUAGAACUAAGCAAGCACUUCCUCUUCUGUGCCUCACAAAGCUUCAGUCAUAGUCUGUGUACAUACAAGGCUACUGUGGAAGGCUGAAAUCCUGAACUACUGUUAAUAUAGCUUCUACGGUUAUUUCAUUUAUUAAAAUUGAUGUCUUGCUUCUUUGUUCCAUGUGAUUUUAAUAUUCAAAAAUAGAUAGAUGUCAUUUUUAUUUUUUUUUUCUUCCUAAUCUGCUUAAGUGGAAGAGGAGAUAUGAUAACCCUGAAGCUUUAUGCCAGGCUUCUCCUAAGGUAUAGUAAUAGUGCAGAAUGCCUUUUAUUUUUUUUCUCCCUUUAAAUCUUUGGCUGAUAAAAGGAUUGGGCCUUUAGCUGCAAGAGAGGAGGCUCUUGCUCAAGACUGCAGUACUUUGCUUAAGGCCCUGGAUAGCAUUUGCUCUGAAUUUAACAUGCACAAAAUAGUCCGUCUCUUAGAUGGCUUACACCAUCAGGGACGUGCAGAUCUUUUUUUGUGUGCAGCUGUCAUCUUAUGAACGAUGGAAUAGUUUACAACUUUGGUAUUGUGGAAAAUUUGUUCCUCUUCCCUGCUGAUAGCUGUCAGAGACUGGGGCGCUUCUGUUGACAUUCUUCAGCUUCAGAACUGUGAUGGUGACAAGUCGUCAGAGUAACCCAGCAUCAGAAACAGCCACGAGGAGAGAAGUGUGGCACAGCCUCACCAAGUGGUCUUUUUUCCUUAUGGGAAUCAUUUGGAUGAAUUGAGCUUUCUGAGAACCAGUGGGGUUUGAAACACAAGCAGACAAACAAAAGAACGCUCCCUUCCCUGAGCUUGUUGGGGGUACGAGUGCAGCAGCUGAGAUGAGUUGAUACACUAGCUGAAAUUUGUAAGUUGAUGCAUAUCUAUUAUUGAAGCAACUUUUUUCUCAUGAUGAAGAAAAAGUAGAGAAGCACUCAUUCCUCAGCUUCUGUAUUUGCCCAAACAGUAGAAACUUCUCUAUGUAUAAAGACUCUGGGUUUAAAUGGUCAUGUAUCACUUGCUUGUACUUGCAUCAUUCUUAUUUUAGUUUUUCUGUAUUUUUGCUUGAAGUCAAAUGGAACCACAACUCUUGAAAAUGUUGUAUUUAUGGUUUGUAAUGCCUGAGUUUAGUUUAUUUUUUUUUACUGUAACGUUUUGUAUAGGUUUCAAUUUUAUGCAAAUAUGCUUUACAAAUAUUAAAAAGUACAUGGAUUUUUUUUUUUGAGGUUAAAGGGUAAGUGGAAUGGUAAACCUGGAAAUGGGUCUGGUUUAAAGAAUGCAGUGACACAAUUUUAGAUUAAAAAAAAAUCAGUGCUGAUGUAAAGUUUCAGGUCUUAUUGAUACCCUAGAUAUAUUUGAAAAAGAGUUCCAAACUUUUUUUUUUGUAAUUGGCUUUCAGAGCUCUACAGAGAUGGUGAUAGAAUCUUAUGCAAAUGGACUGAAUUUCUGGGUUUGGACUAAAAUUGAUGCACAGAUGAAUGUAUCCAGCUGGGAAUUUCUCAAUAAGUUUAGAGUAGUUUAGUUGAAAGUUUCCUACAAAGACCAUAGAGUUUGAGUGUCUGAGUUAAAGGAUAUUACCAACAGUGUGAUCCAAAUGUCUCUUGAAAACUGAGGGGCACCAGCCACCUCUUUAUGAAGUCUGUUCCAGCUCUUGACCACCUACAUGGUAAAUAAUUUUUUCCUAAUGCCUGGACUGACCCUCCCCUGGCACAGCUUUCUGCCAUCCCCACGCAUCCUUGUGUCAGUUCCAGGGAAUAAGAGAUGGGUAUUUCCAUUUCCCAUGCUCAGGGAGCUGCAGGAAGCAAUGAGAUCGCCUCUCAGCUUCCUCUCCUCCAGACUGGACAAUGCACGUGUCCGCAGCUCUCCUCACAGGACAUGGCUUCCGGCCCUGUUACCAGCUUUACUCCAUCUCAGGGGCAGAAUCUGACACACACCCUUGUUGACUUUCAUGCCAUUGGAGGUGGGAGCGUUGGACAACCAAUCUAGAUCCUGCAAGGUCUCUCAUCCCUCAAGAGUCAACAGCACCUCCCAGCUUAGUAUCGUCAGCAAGAGGUAAUUAACAUGUGGUGCACCCAGAAGCACCACUUGGUUUGGGUAGACAAUAACAAUUGCCUCGGCUGUAAGUGAAGGUAGGACUUAUUGUACACCUUUCAAACCACUGCCGGUGGGAAGAAAACAUGAAGUCUUGAGUCAUUCAAAAAGAUAUCAGUAGCAGCAGUGAGCUUUGUGCUGCUCUUGUUUCGGUGACUUACCUUUUCUGUUUUACAGCACGGAACUAAUUCUUACUGUCGCUAGUAGGAGAGUAGAAUAAUGCACAGGAGUACUUUGGACAGCAUUCUAACAAAGACAGGAAAAUCGUGAAGGGUCAUUGCUGUUUAGGGCCACAUGUGGAGAACUGCGUGCUGGUCUGUGUUGUGUGGGCUCCACAAAUGGAGUUUCCAAAAGCAGGGAUUAUCAGGGGAAAGGCAAACCUGGAAGUGAAACCGAUGGUGAUUGCCUUAAUACAAACUUCCUUUCUGACUAGCCUGUUGUUAUUUUUCUCUGUGUAAGUACUUCGGGUGAAAUGAGUCAACAUUAAUCAUUGCUUUUAUUCACCUCAAGUGCAGUAUCUGUGCAAAAAUCAAGGACACUAAUGUUAAAGGAUUAAAAAAACCUUCUGUCUUUAUAAAAUCUCAAACUCCUGUUUUCCCACCUGUCCCAACAGUUAAAGAGAUAAGUACCUUACAGACAUGCUCUGAACAGAGUUGCAGUAUUAGCAAGAAAUUCAACUUGGGUACUUAUAAGAAGGCCAAAAGGGAUCUGUUAAGAUCUACAUGAGAAGUUAAAGCUUCUUGCUUCAAAUUGUGAAGCCUUUCAUAAUGCCUCCAGCAAAACCCUUCAUAAGAAAAAAAGCAUAACCUUCCCAAACUCAAACUUCAGCUGUCUUGAGGGGAUGUUUUGGUAUAUAUGGAGCUGGAGGCUUUCUUUUUUGUGGCCUAAAGAGAAAAGCUUACUUGCCCUUCUUAAAGAGCAGUUGUGCCUGUUUCCAGACCACUAAAAUGUCUAGAACAAAGCUAAAGUGAAUAAAUAGAAACAUAGUAAUUUAGUUGUUCAUGGACAUGUAUGGGACUUUCUUGUGGUUAGUAGUACCUAGAGUAGCCACCUAACUGUAUCAGAUGUGCAGUUGUCUCAACUCGUGUUGAGUGUAGGUACUUCCAGUAGCAGCAGACUUGUUUCCCAGUCUCUGUUUAAGGCUCAAGAGUGGUUCCAGAAAGCAUUUUGUUCAUUGGAUAACGAUAACUCUCUCCCCAUCUGCUAUUUUGUGUGUGUGGGGGGAAGAUACCCCUGCAUUGAGUCCCAUUACCCAAUUUGUUGAAGUUGUUUUUUGUUUUUUUUUACCAUCCAUGUAGUUGAAUCAGUUCUAUGGCUUACUUAAGGGGCAUUAGUAAUAUUUGGCUGCCUCUACCAUGUUGGGCAUGCUCAGAGGGGGAAUUUCCUUCUUACUGUCAAGUCCAUAACUACCACUGUUCUGAUUGUAAUCCGAAUUGAGGGACUGAAUGUGUAUUGCAUGAUGGAUUAUGUCUCACUUAUACUUCGGGUUGCUCUUAUCUGUUACAGCUGGAUUUGGAAUUGGAUUGUGUAAAAUUUAGAGGAUGUGGCUGUAGUAUAAGAGAACGUACUAUUGGUCCUACAGCAGAAGAUUUAGUGGAAACCAAACUGAUACAAAAAUAUUGUGACAUACCUUAAUUUCUGAAGCUUAAGGUAAUGUUACAUUUCUGUGGGUUUCAUAGGAACAGGGUUACACUGUUACACAAGGCCUCUGUCAGCUAGCCCUGUGACGGGGUAAAGACUUAAUUCAGUGUUUUAGAGUAAUUAUCUAUAGAAUCAGAAUUAUCAGAGAAGAAAGGGAAAGCUGUUUGUGACUUGGACUUUUUCUUCUAAUAGAAAUAAGGUACCUAUGUUGAAUUUUUAAGUGCCUUUUUUCCCUCUCCAUCCAGUUUUCCUUUUGUUUUUCUAAAGAACCAGUCUUUUAAGUACCAUUCAGCAAAACCAUUGUAAUUUAGGUGUUGGUAGAGAGGUUUGUCCUCUAGUCAUCUUCUCUCAAAGGUUUUUAUGCAGAAAUUUUUAAAGGAAAAGAAAUACAGCAGGCUUUGGUGAGAAUGCCACACCUAUCUCAAAUGGCUGCUCAAGUCCCUGACCUGCUGACAGCAAAACCUCAUCUUCACAGCUUUUCACGACAAGAAUUUUAGAUGAGUCGAGGUUGCAGUGCUGAACAGGGCUUGACUGUCAAAAUUUGUUUUCUCGUGUGUCUGCAGUUGACUUUUACCAUUGUAUAUGCCCAAAUAAGAGCAAAACCUUCAUUUAGCUAGGGAAUUAAGUCUACACAAGUAGUAACGUGCAGUUUUUGCUAUGUUUCCAAGUACAGAUGACUUUGAUCGCGUUUCUUUGGAUCAUGACUUUCUAUCUUCUCUAACCUUUUAUUUAUUUCAAGUUCCAUUUGGGCUUCUGUCAGCAUGUGCAAGUAUCUACGUAUCGUAAUUCAUUUUUAAUGCACUGUUGAGGUGUGCCAGUUGUCUUCCUUUAGUCCUUCGUCUCGCCUGUUGACUCUCCCUCCAUGGUUCUUAAUGCAGUGAACUAUUUUGCUAAAGACUUCUUUCCAACUGACGAUUUUUAACUGGAUGUGCACAGUUUUAAUGGGAUUUUUAGAGGUUUUUUUUUAAUUACUGCUGUAUUGUCCCUGGAGAAUUGAGCUUUAUGGCUUUAAACAUGUGGGGACUGUAUUGUUCGUGAUUGGAACGGAGGCAUGCAUGCUUCUCUCCCAUUCUACAAGGUGCUGCCUGCUCAUAAGUGUUCCAAUCUGCAGUUAGUAUGUUUAAAGUGUGUGUAUAUAUAUAUAUAAUAUUAAUAUAUAUAUAAUAUUCAGUGUGUGUAUAUAAAUAUAUAUAUAUAUAUAUACACACACUUAAUUAAAUACCAGCUUAAUAUGCUGUUUGAGAGAUUGCUGCUGCUCUUCCUUACUGUGAAGCUUUUAUGCAGCAGGCAGCAAAAUGAAUUGCAUUUAGGAAGUAGCCGCUUGGCCAUUUGGAGGAGCUUCCUCACUGUGUGGCAGCUUGAUCGUUUCAGGGUUUAGAAGGACUACACCGAAGUCUUGGCACAGCCCUGCAACAGCUUCUUGAAAGCCUGGCAAUCCGUGUCUUCUGGCUAUGAGGUGUCAACUCUUCCAGUGUUGUCACAUCCAUACAGUUUAUGACUGGGUGUAAACAGGUUGAACUUCUAAACCCUUGCUAGCUGCUCUUUUCUAAAAUAGAUAUAUGUAUUUAUGUUUUGUGAAGCCAAAAUACUUAGCCUUUUGAUGUAGAAUCAUCUGGUUUUGAGCUUGGGGACGUACUGGCUCAGCAGACUUGCAGAUAGAACUGAGGUGCUGAGACAUAGGAGCUUCUGCAGCUUCUGGGGGUGUUGUUCCACCUUAUAGGGAGGCCAUGUAAUAACCACGUUUACGACCGAGUUGCAGAACACUGUGUGAAUUUUGCAUGUGGUCCACCGUGGCCCUUCUGGGUUUCCUGCAGUUGCUGAUAUGUUUCCUGCUGGUGGGUCCAAACAAGAUGAAUUCUGGUUGUUUUCUCUCUGUUUCGUGAACAUAUGGGUUCAAGUUUAAAUAUUCAUCUACACACAGGGAACUGAAAUAUUUAUUUUCCUGAUUUUUUUUUUUGUAUAUGCUUUGUUCUUUAUUUGCUGACAAACUGAACUCUCCAUCAGAUUUUUACAUGAGAGUCGUAGUUGGAUAUGAAUUCUGAUGCUUCUAGCUGGUAUUUUAAAAUAUAAAAUAAGCUCUUUAAGUCAUUUGCAAUAUGGGCUAGCUGCUUGCUCAUUUAGAAACAGUACAAAGGACGUGGAGCUUAUGUCUUUCCAGCUCCAGAUACAUCUUGGCAUUCCUAUUUCCCUGAAUGUGUGCUUAAACUCCCCUAGUUUGCCUCCAUUCUUAGCACACACCCUUGUUACAGUUCUUACUUUUGGCUGUGAUCCAGAGCUCAGAAUUUGUUUUGCAGAAAAACAACUUUUUUUUCCUACACAGAAUUCCUUGAAAUACACUGCGGCUCCCAUCAAUUGUUCUGAAUAUGAGGCUGAUGCUUAAAUCAUGCCUACUCUCAAAAUGUCCCAUUUUCCCCUUUUCCCAAAUGAAGUUCAAUUGCCCUCAUAUUGUCCCUGUUGAUCCUUGACACACCACUUCAUGGCAGACUUCACUUUAUUUAAAAUGGGAGCCGUUUGGAAAUUGAAUAAUUACCUGCAGAAUUCUGUACAAAAAUUCUUUUGUCUGAAAAGUUGAUGUUUGAAAUAAUGGCCAUAAUUACGGUAUGAAGGGUUUCAUGUCUUUCAGUUUAUCUAGUGAAGGACUUGACUACAUUUGAACUCUGUAAACUGUCUUAAACAGCUAAGAUGGCUGGGAUUUCUGGCUGACAUGGAGUGUUAGGCUUUUAGAAGGCUGUUGGAGGGUUCCUUUGCUUUUGUAUGUAUAAUAUAUCUACUUGGAGCUUGGUACACACAGCGUGCUUAGGGAAAGCCACUGUUAUUUGUUGAGGAUACACUACUUUAUUUACACAGCAAAGUAGUUGAAUCCUCGCUUUAAUGGUAAAAAUUUAGCUAUAUAUUUAGCUAAAAUGUGUGGAUUAACAAAUGUUGCUUCUCUAGACUUAAAAAUAUCUUCAGUAUUUUUAGCUUGUCCUUAGAAGCUCUCGAUGUUUAUUGCUGGAGUGGAGCUCCUUGAUAUGUUUGGAAUACAGAAAUAUUGAAGCACUUAUUUUUCGCCUUUGGGAAGAGUUACAAAAGUACUUGCUGCAUUUUGAGAGUUGGUUCUUGUGCCUUUGGUAACAGCUCUGAAGAUGUCUUCGGAGCUGUCAGAAGUUUGCACAAUUUUCUUUGAGCCUCUCUAUGGCAAUCUACGUACAGAGCCUCAGGGCUGAUAAGAAUCUUGACUUCCCUUCUAGUGUUUGCCUUGUUGGCUGUCUCUUGAUUUCUCUCUCCAAAUAUGGAAGACUAAAAUAAUAAUUUAAAAAAGUCAAAUAUGUAAACUUUGGUUUUUUUCCCAGCAAGUUGCCCAAACUCCUUAGUUUUUGUCUCCAGAGUUGCUGUAUGGAUAGCUGCAAGCCUUCAGAUGAUGCUAGAGAGUCCAGCGUGCUGCUCACUGCCAUGGAGCCAAUGGGAAUGGGCUCUUCUGGCAGAAGUUAGCAAAACAAAGAUGUGGGGAUACGUGUCCUAUCGCAACCACAACGCAUACUGAAAUGGCUACUGCGAUCGCACUUGGCAUUCAAAGAUAGCUGAUCAUCUUCUUCCUCUUAAUAAUAGCGUGACUUACAUGACUUAAAACUGUAGCAUUUUGGAUAAGGUUGCCUAUUCAUUUAAAAACAGAUGUUGAUUCCCUGUGUGGCUUUUUUUCCCUUCAGCUGUCCAGAUGUGCUUCUAUAUGACAGAUUGUGCAAUUUUGCCACCUUUUGGAACGGUGAAGUUCCAAGUCCCGAGUUACAGUUUGUUUAGGGAUGGAAGAACCACAGUGGUGGGGAAAGCUAUGUUCAUCCUUUUUCCUCUGACACUUAGUGAUGUGAUGUGGUAGGUUCUUCUGACAGAAGUCUUAAAUACGAUACAGCUGAACGACUGAAUCAACUAUCUUGGAUUUUUUUUAUUAUUAUUUGAAAUGGGGAGAAGUUCUUGAACAAUAUGUUUAUGAAAUAAGUAGUUAUUCUCAUAUUUUUAUUAGAUAAUGUUCUACUUGACUGUUAAGGUUUUUUUGGCUUUUUCUAUGAAGAAUUAAGGUCUGUUUUAGAAGUGUGAUUAUCAGCUUCACCUUUCCUUGUUGUGGAGAUAGAGCAGGUACAUUGGUUUGACCUUGGUUGAUCAGGUCAAGGUGUAUUAAAAGUGAGUUGUGCAUGCCUAGUUUGGCAGAAGGAUACCUGUGUACAACAUCUUAACUUCAAUCUUAUCUCUUUUCUCAGCCUGCUGUAGAUAAGUAAGCCUGUAGGGUGAUUUCUGUACUAUAUUUUAGUACCUCGGGCAGCUGGUUAUGGUCUUAAUGCAGACCAGGGAGUAAAUGGAAAAGAUUGUCAUACCUAUUGCAUAGCUGUGUCACAGUUGAGGAAUCCAGAAUGAACGAAUUUUAAGUAAACUAUGCAAUGCAUACUGAGGUUUUCAAGUCAUGAAGCUGGACAAAAUAAGAAUGGCAAAUGCAGUGGUUGGCGCUGAUAAGAAACUCCGGGCAUGUUAUUGGAAAUUGAAGACCAGCAAAGAAGCGAAGCUAUUACCCAGUGUCCUAAUAACCCAGUUUCCCUAAACCAGUGACUCGCUUUUCCUUUCCUUCCCACUUUUGAUCUUUAAAUGGCCACUGCAGCUGGGGAAGGACACUUUCUCCCUUGUAGGCUGUCACCCAGCUGCAGCCACAGAAUGCGGUGGCUGUCUGGAACUGACCCUGCCCGGUGCUGUGAGCUCACAGCCACCACACACUUCUAAGAAUGUGACCCUGAGCAGUCGCUCCUCGAGCAGAGCCCUCGCUGUUGAAUUUCACAUCCUCCUACAAAAUGUUUGCAGGCAGGAGCAGCAGGGCAGACAAACAGAACGCAGUGCAGAAUGUGGUGCUUGUCUUGGGUACCCAUGGAGACCUCACUUGGAUUGCAGAUUGUGUCAAAUAUAAGGAAAAGAUGGAGAUGGGAGGAGACAAAGAUGGCAGCAAGGUGACUACAGUAGUGGCAACUCCUGGACAAGGUCCAGACCGACCACAAGAAGUUAGCUACACGGACACCAAGGUGAUUGGAAAUGGAUCUUUUGGUGUUGUGUAUCAAGCCAAACUCUGUGAUUCAGGAGAGCUUGUGGCCAUUAAGAAAGUCCUGCAGGAUAAAAGAUUUAAGAACCGAGAGCUCCAGAUUAUGAGAAAGCUGGAUCAUUGUAACAUUGUCCGAUUGCGUUAUUUCUUCUACUCCAGUGGAGAGAAGAAAGAUGAAGUGUACCUCAACUUGGUGCUGGACUAUGUUCCUGAAACAGUAUACAGAGUUGCCAGACAUUAUAGUCGGGCCAAACAGACACUCCCUAUGAUUUAUGUCAAGUUGUACAUGUAUCAGCUGUUCCGGAGUUUAGCCUAUAUCCAUUCCUUUGGGAUCUGCCACCGGGAUAUAAAACCACAAAACCUCUUGCUGGACCCUGAUACAGCUGUCCUUAAACUCUGCGACUUUGGAAGUGCAAAACAGCUGGUUCGUGGAGAACCUAACGUUUCAUACAUCUGCUCUCGGUACUACAGGGCACCAGAGUUGAUCUUUGGAGCCACCGAUUAUACCUCCAGUAUAGAUGUGUGGUCAGCGGGCUGUGUAUUGGCUGAACUGUUACUAGGACAACCAAUCUUCCCAGGUGACAGUGGUGUGGAUCAGUUGGUGGAAAUAAUCAAGGUUCUGGGAACGCCUACAAGGGAGCAAAUUAGAGAAAUGAAUCCAAACUAUACUGAAUUUAAAUUCCCUCAGAUUAAGGCACAUCCAUGGACUAAGGUCUUCCGGCCCCGCACUCCACCAGAAGCAAUUGCGCUAUGUAGCCGUCUGCUGGAGUACACCCCCACUGCCCGCCUGACUCCCCUGGAGGCCUGUGCGCACUCUUUCUUCGAUGAACUACGGGACCCAAACGUCAAGUUACCAAACGGGCGAGAGAAACCUGCACUCUUCAAUUUCACCACUCAAGAACUGUCAAGUAACCCAUCUCUGGCUUCGAUCCUCAUCCCUGCUCAUGCUCGGAACCAAGCAGCUGCUUCAACCCCUACAAACGCUACAGCAGCCUCAGAUGUUAAUGCAGGAGAACGAGUUCAGACCAAUAGUGUAGCUACAGCAUCAGCCUCCAACUCCACCUGAACCGGUACCAAGCAGCCAGCUGCACAGGAAAAUCACCAGUAAUUUGAGUCUUGCUCAGCAACACUGGUCACAUUUGGAAAGAAAAUUAAAAAGAGGAAAAAAAGCAACCAACCAACCAACCUGUUCAUUUUAGUGUUCAAUUUUUUAUUAUUAUUAUUGCUGUUCUUAUUUAACCUUGUAAAAUAUCUAUAAAUACGAACCAGUUUCAUUGUAUCUCACUCUGCAGGGUGUCCGGGGCAGGGACUAGGUGGGGGGAGGAGGGAACGCGGAGCAAUACAACACACCAGUGUCUCUCCCCUCAACAAUCUCUUCAUGUUGGAAGUUUGCUGUUGUGUACUUCAGAACCAGGACUCUUGCCUCAUGCCCUCUCCCACAGUGGAAAGAAGGAAAAAAAAAAAAAAAAAAAAACACAAAAAAACAAAAAAAGGCAAAACAAAAAAAAAAAAAAAAGAACCCCCAAACCUCAUUCUCUGCUGAAGUUCUUUUUUUAACCUCUUUUUUUAUUUUCUUUUUAAGUGAAGUUUCGGACUUUGAUGUAGUGCACAGCUUGAAUUUGGUCGGGAGCUUAGCAGGGGUCAUUCAACAGAGCUCAGCGUUCGGUGCCAGCGAAUCCACGCCCCGGGCCGACCGACGGGCGACUGACAGCUGCCCUGGCUGGCAUGGUAGGACGUAGGCUGCCUGGGGGAGGGGGGAGGCUUACGUGUGUCUUAAGGCUUGAGCUGCUAGUGGCAGACUUUCCUUUCACAAAUCAGUGCUAGCGAUGAAGAGACCUGCAGCUUCCUUCCGGGAGGAGCCCCUCGCACAGCUCUAUAUAAUAUAAUACACACACAGGCGGAGGCGAGCGGUUGUGGUCGGGGCAGCGGAGGGGAUGGCGAGGGCCGGGCUGAGAGGUGCCGCCGCCUGAGCGAUUGUCCAGUCCCAAUUGGAAUAGGCUUCCCUUUCCCGAGAUGUACAGGAAAAGGACACCGGGAUUUAUAAUGUGAACUGUAACAGUCUUCUACUGGUUUAUUUUGUAAUAUUUUUUAACUGCAGCUUUAACUCGCAGGAUGCCACAUUCUACGGUAGCUCUGAUUUUAAACCCACGGCUAGAGUCUGUAUUUAAAUUUCAUCUUUUUAACCUCUUUGCUUUUUUGAUCUCUAUUUAUUGAUGCGCGUUGCCACGUUGCCAUUCUGUUUUUACAUCGGUAGAAUAUUAAUAAACUACACAUCGGAGUGCUAUCAACAGUAAUUGUACCUGCUGACUUGUAGGAAAGCUGGCUACAUAUGAGUGUGUGUGUAUAUAUAUUAUAUAAAUAUAUACAUGUAUACAUAGAGACGACACUGUUUUUUUUUAUUUUGUCUACGAUCUCGCAGCAGUCUGACUGAAGCGUGAGGCGGGUGCUUGUCGUAGCCCAGGCUCCGGCUUUCCCCCCCAGCGAGGGCGAGCGGCGCGCGGUCCCACCUCUGCCCCAUCCCAAGCAAUAUCCCCGGGGAGGACAGGCGGAGGAGCCCCCCCUUGCCUUGCGCUCCUUAGGAGCCGCCUCGGUGCUUACCGCCCCUGUCCGACCCGAGGGCCUGAGGCAGGUACAGGUGGUUGGUUUGGGGCAGCGCGCGGCCCUUCGCGUGGCCUGGGAGCAGCUCCAGCAGACCUGGGGGCUCCGCUCACGGCCUUCCCUCCUGUGCGUUUCACCCUGUUUGUAUGGGGUUUUUUGGAAGCUCGUCUCCAAGCCCUGCCCUCCCCGUCCUGCCCGAUAACCGUGGGUUCUGGGGAGGGAGGAGCGAACGCCCACCCUGAAACCGCUAAGCCCUUACAUUAUGCCCCGCAUCAGUUUGCUGUCGGGGAAGAAAGCAUUUCUGUGCUUUACAGUGGCUGUCCCUAAAUUCUGGCUGAUUGUAGAGGAAGGCACGCUGCCUCUUCAGAGCUGAAGGCUUUCAAAAUCCUCACGCGUGACACAAUUGAAAGGGCUGAGAGCGUCCUAAGGACGGAACGCGGCUCACACAGGUAAGUGCAGGGGCUCAGCAGUGGCCUGGCUAUCUGCGUAGUGAAGGAGACCCACAGAGCAGGGCGGAGUGUGGAUCUGCUGCAGGACGAGAGCGCUAGGCCAUCGCCUGUAGGCGCCACUGCUCGAGGCAGGUAGAUGACUGGGUCUUUAACGUGUACAACUAACGGAGCAAAAAUGGCUGCUCGUUCCAGGAAGUGCGGCUUUUCUUUCUUUCUUUUUCGUCCUUCUUUUUCUCCUUUCAUUGCAGUCUAAGCGGAGGAGAGUGAAGAGCUUUGCUCCUGUUGCGUGCCGUGUCUGUGUGCACCGUGUGGGUGUUAGCCGGGGGUCGGGGCGCCCCGGGGAGUUUGUUGUUGUUUUUCUUUUCAAGGAUCAUGGCAGGAUCACCCACUCUUUUAUACAGUUACAUCCAGGUCUUUGAAUAACCUUUUUUUUUUUUUUUUUUUUUUUUUGUAAAUAAGAAGAAAAAGGAAAAAAAAAGUGCAGGAAAAGAAAAAAAAAAGAAAAAAAUAAAAAGGAAACCACAAAGCUCCUCACCAAAUUCAAGCUUGUACAUGAUUAUUUUUGGUUGUUUUUAAAUCUUGAGUUCUAUUGUUUUGUAUGUAAAUAUGUGGACCCAGGAACUGUUAUUAAUGAGCAAAAAGUUACCGUUCAGGGCAGUGAUUCUGUUUAAUAAUCAGACAAAAUGUAGACGAGCUUUUUAAAGCCAUAUAGUUUUAACUCUGUACAGUAGGUACCGGCCUGUAUUAUUGUAACAAUAACUCUAGCGAUGUAUAGUGUAUCUAUAUAGUUUGGAGUGCCUUCGCUUCCAUGAUUUUUUGAAUUUUAUUUCCCCUUUUUUUUUUUCUUUCCCUCCUUUAUUAACAACAUCCCCCCCCACACAACCGCAUCUCCGCUCCCCGCUUUUAAUUCGGAGUGCUGUCAGGUUUCGGUGGUACCCCGAUCCCGAGCGGAACGAAAGGAAACCCUCCUCGCCCCCAUCUCACCUGAGCCACGGCUUUGCUCUGGACGUCCCCCCGGUUCCCCCUGCCCCCAGCCCCCCUCUAGCAGUGACCGGUUUCGUUCUCCACUUGCUCGCCCGCGGCAGCCCUGUGGCUAGCGGCUGAGCUCGGCUUUGCUCGUCUUCCCCCCACCAUCAGUGAAGGGCCUCCCCCGCCAUCAGUGGUGGAUCCUCCGCCAUCAUUGAUGGAUCCCCCGCCGUCACAGACGAAGGGCCCUCUGCCGUCAUCGGCAAAGGGACCCCGCCAUCGCCGCUGGGCCCUGCGGGGGCUCUCAGAGCAGGGGGCUCCUCACCGCAUCCCCUCCCCACAGUCACUUUUGGUUUCUUAAGAUGGCAAGUUGAACAUGACUCUUGAGUUCUUGCGCCCAGCACGAAGGCCUUGUUUCUACCGUUAGUCCGCUUGUGUUUACUACCUGGUUAGUGUUCCACCUGAGGUUGUCUUGAAUGGGAAAACACUUCACCCUGUACCAAACCAAAGGUCGCUGUUUUGUUUUCGGAGCAUCUUGCGUUCAUUCCGGUGAAGCAGAGGCUGCACUUUUUCUGGUGACACAAAGGUCAGUUGACGUCACGUUGCUUCUGAAGGCCCGCUCAGAGCCAUUACUCUCUUCCCUCCGUCUGGGGCUUGGUUUUGACAGCGUAUGGUCUCCAUCUGUUUGUGCUCCUGUCAACUCCGCAACGCGUAGGUCUCUGAGAUGGAGCCGAUGGCCAUCGGGGCCCCCUCUGGGCACCCGAUUGAGACACUGCUGUUCUCAAUGCUGAUUAACUUACCUACCUUACUAGGGAAAAAACAAACGAAUCACAUAAGAGAAUUGGCUGAUCGCAGAUCCCUGCUCACUUCCUCCGGUUAUUUUUAAGCAAAGCUUUGCCUACAGCAGUGGCAGGUGCCUGUGGCGUGCCGCUGGUGAGCGCAUCCAACCCCCCGGCUCGUCGGUCCCCACUCCGAAAAGCAGACAGCCUCUGGACGGACGGACAGACGGCGCCAGCAGCGCGCAGAGCCUCCGCUCCGGGUCUGCCUUUCUGAGGCGGGGAGAGGCGCCUGGGUCCCAGGUUCUUCCCACAGGGCUCUUCGUUUUGUUCCUUGUUCGUUUCGUUUUGCGACCCUGCAAUAACAGCAAAACGACCAGAAAGGAAAACAGUACCUAAGGGGUUAGCUUGAGAAAAAGUAGCUUCCUUGUGUUGGUCUUUCUCAAUUUAUUUUUUAUAUAUAUAUAUAUAUACACACACACACACGCACAUAUAUAUAUAUAUAUAUAAAAUAUAUUUAUAUAUAUAUAAUUUGCUUGCCUGUAAAAUUUGCGUUCAUUGAUGUGUUGCUGAUGGAUCACUUGGGCCUGUACACACCGAUCAGUGUGACCACUUCCAUCUUAAAAACAAAUCUAAAAGAUAUAUAUAUAUAUAUAUAUAUAUAUUAAGGACUGUGGGUUGUAUACAAACUAUUGCAUACACUUGUGCAAAUCUGUCUUGAUUUAAAGGAAAAGCAAAACCUGUAUAACAUUAUUACUACUUGAAUGCCUCUGUGACUGAUUUUUGUUUUUGUUUUGGUUUUUUUUUUUUUUUUGAUGUUUUUCUUUUGUUUUUCAUUUUAAAUAUAAACUUUUUUUUUUUUGUGGAAAGUAUGCUUAAUGUUUUAUUAUUUCCCCCGCCCCAUUCCCCCCCCCCUCCCCUUGUAAAUACGUUUUGUUCUGUGUGACUCGGUUCGGAAAUAGUUAACUGGUACUGUAAUUUGCAUUAAAUAAAAAGUAGGUUAGCCUGGAAAUGAAAUUGAAAA